AAAACAGCCAAUCGCCUUUUCCCUGAACAAAGCCCGCCCACCGUGGAUGGAGCGGAACGUCCGUGAUGGCACCCGGGCUCAGGCCGCAUGCGCAAGUGCACCGCGCCGGUUAAAAGCGGCUCUCCUCGGGAGGCGGUGCUGCGGUUCAUGAAUAUUGAUUACGCACCGGGGCGCCGUGCGCCCGCCCCUCUAGUCUGCCGUCGUUCGCUCCUCGCGCUCGGGCUCGUGAUGGGGAAAAAGUCCCGGGCGGUACCCGGCCGCAGGCCUAUCCUGCAGCUCUCUCCACCAGGUCCUCGGAGCAGCACCCCGGGCCGGGAUCCCGACCCCGAUCCGGAUCCCGAGGCUGAUUCGACGGCGGCGGCGGCGGGGACUAGCCAGUCAGCCCCGGCAGCUGCGACGGCGGCGGCCGCGACGUCACCCGCGGUGCCUGCCACCGCUGCCCCAGAGGACUCGCCUUCAGAAGAUGAACAGGAAGUGGUGGUGGAGGUCCCCAGCGUUGUUCAGAAUCCUCCCAAACCAGUCAUGACCACCAGACCCACAGCCGUUAAGGCAACAGGAGGUCUGUGCUUACUUGGUGCUUAUGCUGACAGUGACGAUGACGAGAGUGAUGUGUCUGAAAAAACAGCCCAAUCCAAAGAGGCAAAUGGAAACCAGGCUACUGACAUCGACAGCACACUCGCCAACUUCCUAGCGGAGAUAGAUGCCAUAACAGCUCCUCAGCCUGCAGCUCCUGUGGUAGCUUCUGCUCCACCUCCAACUCCACCUCGACCAGAACCAAAAGAAGCAGCAACACCUGCCCUUUCUUCCACCACAUCAAAUGGAACAGACACUUCCCAGACACCAGGGUGGCAUUAUGACACUCAGUGUUCAUUGGCAGGAGUUGAAAUUGAGAUGGGAGAUUGGCAAGAAGUCUGGGAUGAGAACACAGGUUGCUAUUAUUAUUGGAACACACAAACAAAUGAAGUAACUUGGGAGUUACCCCAAUACCUUGCCACACAGGUGCAAGGAUUACAACAUUACCAGCCCAGUUCUGUAACAGGUACUGAGGCUGCUUUUGUGGUAAAUACAGACAUAUAUACAAAGGAGAAAAUGAUUCCUGCUUCCAGUAAUAAAAGUGUACCGAUCAUCGCUAAAAGAGAAGUUAAAAAGGAAUUGAAUGAAGGAAUCCAAGCUCUUUCUAACAGUGAGGAGGAGAGGAAAGGGGUGGCAGCUGCAUUGCUCGCUCCCUUACUCCCUGAAGGGGUAAAAGAGGAGGAAGAAAGAUGGAGAAGAAAAGUAAUUUGUAAAGAAGCAGAUCUGGUGUCAGAGGCGAAGGAAACAAGCCCAGCAGCAGAGGAAAUGGGGCCGAAUAUAAAGCCACCAGAAGUUAUGAUGGACAGCACAGAAGACCCUGCUCAGGAGGAUCUUUGCAGUGUUGUUCAAUCUGGAGAAAGUGAGGAGGAGGAAGAGGAGGAGCAAGAUACCCUUGAGCUGGAGCUAGCUUUGGAAAGGAAGAAAGCAGAGUUACGAGCCUUGGAAGAAGGAGAUGGUAGUGUGUCAGGGUCUAGUCCACGUUCUGACAUCAGCCAGCCAGCAUCUCAGGACGGAAUGCGUAGGAUUAUGUCUAAAAGAGGAAAAUGGAAGAUGUUUGUUCGAGCUACAAGUCCAGAAUCCACCAGCCGAAGUUCUAGUAAAACUGGACGAGAGACUCCAGAAAAUGGAGAAACUGCAAUUGGUGCUGAAGAUUCCGAAAAAAUAGAAGAAAUUUCAGACAAAGAAACGGAAGUACAAGAGUCUUCUGAGAAGAUAAAAGUCCAGAUAGCACCUAAAGUGGAGGAAGAGCAGGACCUGAAAUUUCAGAUUGGCGAACUGGCAAAUACCCUGACAAGUAAAUUUGAAUUCCUAGGGAUUAAUAGACAGUCCAUCUCCAACUUUCACAUGCUGCUCUUACAGACUGAGACUCGAAUUGCAGACUGGCGGGAAGGGGCUCUCAAUGGAAAUUACCUAAAGCGAAAACUUGAGGAUGCUGCAGAACAGCUAAAACAGUAUGAAAUAAACGCCACUCCUAAAGGCUGGUCCUGCCACUGGGACAGGGAUCAUAGACGAUAUUUCUAUGUAAAUGAACAGUCCGGCGAGUCUCAGUGGGAAUUCCCAGAUGGUGAGGAGGAGGAAGAAAACCAAGCACAGGAAGUUAGAGAUGAGAGUCUUCCUAAGCUGACCGUGAAAGACAAAACCUGCACUGAUUCAAACUCUACAGAAUCCUCUGAGAAUUCCACGGGUUCUCUUUGCAAAGAAUCAUUCUCUGGUCAAGUUUCAUCAUCACUCAUGCCACUUACUCCAUUCUGGACCCUCCUCCAGUCAAAUGUACCUGUACUUCAGCCUCCAUUACCUCUGGAAAUGCCUCCACCUCCACCUCCACCCCCAGAAUCUCCUCCUCCUCCACCUCCACCCCCUCCUCCACCACCUCCAUUAGAAGAUGGUGAGAUUCAGGAGGUAGAAAUGGAGGAUGAGGGAAGUGAGGAGCCUCCUGCUCCCGGAACAGAGGAGGAUACUCCUUUGAAACCUUCAACACAGACCACAGUUGUAACCAGCCAGAGUUCAGUUGAUUCCACUGCCUCUAGUCCUCCAUCCACCAAAGCAGUAAAGAGAAAGGCUCCAGAGAUUAGUUCUGCAGUAGUUCAGAGAUCAGCUACUAUUGGUAGUUCUCCAGUUCUCUACAGCCAGUCAGCUAUAGCUGCAGGUCACCAAGCAGUGGGGAUGGCACACCAAGCUGUUGGGAUGGCACACCAAGCAGUAUCUGUUAGCCAUGCAGCGGCAGGAAUGGGUCAUCAGGCCAGAGGGAUGAGCCUGCAGUCAAAUUACCUGGGACUAGCUGCAGCACCUGCGAUUAUGAGUUAUGCGGAAUGUUCUGUCCCGAUUGGAGUGACCACUUCGUCACUGCAGCCAGCUCAGGCUCGAGGAACUAUGGCAGCGCCUGCUGUUGUAGAACCACCUCCACCCCCACCUCCUCCACCUACACCUACACCACCACCACCACCACCAGCUCCCAAAGUGCCACCAACAGAGAAGACGAAAAAAGGGAAGAGAGAUAAGGCAAAGAAAAGUAAAACAAAAAUGCCAUCUUUGGUAAAGAAAUGGCAGAGUAUCCAGCGGGAGUUAGAUGAAGAAGAUAAUUCAAGUUCCAGUGAAGAGGACCGGGAAUCCACUGCACAGAAGCGAAUUGAGGAAUGGAAACAGCAGCAGCUGGUGAGUGGCCUGGCAGAAAGAAAUGCUAAUUUUGAAGCCCUUCCUGAGGAUUGGCGAGCAAGACUGAAGAGAAGGAAAAUGGCUCCCAACACAUAGUUUUAAUUUUGUUUUGUUUUAUAUUCAGUCUUACCAAGAUUUAAACUGUUGUCAAAUGAACUGUGAUGUUAUAAUGAAGAACAUAUACAUUUCCUGGGCAGGGACACAUGCAUACAAAGCUGUCCAUUUAUGGAAUGUAAUUUUUCUGUUUGCUGAAAAUGAGGUGAUUAGAAUUGCUUUGACCUGGCUGUCAUUAUUCUCACACUGGCAAACUUAGCAUGUUAGAUGAGUCAGACAUGUGAGUCAUGAGCAUGGAACCUCUGUAUAGGACUUGCUGGCAAAAGUGAAGGGCUUCCUUGCCCAGUAGAGGCUUGUUUAGUUCCUAGUGUGACACUCCCUCCCUUCUACUCCAGAACAAGUGCAAUUAAGGCAGCUCUGUAUCCUACCUUGCUUGACCAUCAGGAUCUCUUUCUGACCUCCUCCUCAAGUCUGCUGCCCCUGAAGUGUUGAGAUCUGUGCUGAUGGCUGGCCACACUUGAGAGUAAUUCUUUCUCAGCAAUCCUAGAACAUUCUCUUUGCAGCAGGUGGCAUAUUUACACACAGGCAGGAGCAGCAUCAUCAGGUGUUUAGAUCCUUGGUUUUGAGAAAUUCCCCUAAGUGUGUGGCAGUAAGUAUAAUAAGCCACUUUGUGUAUUGUCUUCAUCGUCUUAACCCACUUCAAAAAUACACUUUCCUUCUAUGUGUGGAUGUGUUCUCCAUAAGAUUCCAGUAUUUAAGAAGCUGUUCACUGUUGUGUACUUUCUAUUGUAUCACAAUCAGGAAAGGUCACUUUAAACUGAAGAAAAAAGCAAAUUGUGUCUUAAAGAUGUUUGUAUUUCUCCAGUUUCUGACAUUGUAAAUUUGUAUAUAUGCACCAAUAAAGCUCUUUUUAUACUUCUGAUUGGUUAUCCUCUGCUCUCCUAAGCAUGUUACCCCGCAGUUAUAGAACCAGAACUUAGUGUAUGUCCAUUUUUAGUUCUAAUCAGACCUGGUACAGAGCAUACACUGACAUUGUAGUGUCUUGGGGAUAUAGGAAGACCGGGUUUUAAGAAACAUACCACACACACAGGCGUUUCCAGAUAAGAUGGUGCCAUUUUCUGGAGCUUGUAUCCUGUUAAUAAUAAUCGCUGAUAUUUGGCCUACUUAAGUCCUAGAAACAAUGUAAUGUAAUAUGUGGGGGGGAGGAGUGCUUUAUAGCUUUUUAUUAAGUAAUACAAAGCUGAUUAUGGAAAGUAAUAGAUACUUAAGAUUAUAAUCACAAUAGUUAACCAAAGAUAGUAGUUUGGAUUUUAUUCUAGUAUAUUCCUAUGCAGUUCAACUUUUUUUUUACUCAUAUUACAGUGUAUUAGAUUUUAUUUAUCAUGCGCUAAUGUUGGGAUGCCCCACUUUGUACAUAAAAUUGUUUUGUAAUUUACAUAGAUUAAAUUUCUACAAAUAAAGGUUAUCAACUAGCUAUUAAA